AAGAGAAAAAUGUGUAGAGGAAGAAGCAGUUUUAAUUAAUCGUCUUUUUCGCGUUUUUGCUCAAACUUCCAUCCACGUGGACUACUCGCCGUACAACAGAGGACUCUGCGUCGGGGGAAGCAGCCGCAGUUCUUUGGCAACGUGAACCCCUUUGCUUUGGCAGCCCCCCUCUUUCGGUUGGAGCGGUUGGAUGCGCCCGGCGCGCGUCAUCCAUUGUUUACAAACCAACCGCAGCAGCAGCAACAGCGUUGGAGAAGCGAGGGAGCGGGAGGGCAGAGGGCUCCCUUGGCAGUUGCGAGCGCCGUCGCUGCGGUGGCCCUAAAAACAGCGGCGCGCGCCAAGCGAAGGGGAAGGCAGGCAGCAGAGCGGCGACCAACCGGCGGCGAUGCCUUGCCGGCGCCCGGGCGGAGAACGCUUCCUGUUCCUGGAGCGCGCCGCCGUGUCUUUGCAGAGCGGUCCCGGGACGGCCGGCAGCGGCUCCAAAGAAGUGGACGCCUUGGUGGCCAAGCUGGGCGAGGUGCUGCAGCUGAGCGCGCAGCACCGGACGCCGGCGGCGGCUCCCCGCCUCCUCCCCAGGCACCACGGCCGGGACCGAGCGGCUCCCUACGCCUCCCCGAGGGGUCUCGGCUUCCUAGCCUCACUACACCAUCGCCACCCUCCGUCCCACCCGCGCCAGUCGCCGUCGCUGCUCCUGUGGCCGCCGCCUCCCCCCCCGCCGCCCACCGCGGACCAGAAGGGCAGCCCGCGAGUCUCCAAGCAGCUGUGCGGCCGGGGCUGGUUGCGGAGCUCCGCCCGGGCUGGGAGGAAGCAGCCCCGUCGCCACCACCGCUAUCGCUCGCUGCUGCCGGCGGGCGACGACGAGGACGGCGACCCUCACCGCCUUCUGCAGCAGCUCAUCCUCUCUGGAAACCUCAUCAAGGAAGCGGUGCGAAGGUUGCAGCUGGCGGCCUCGACGGCGGCCGAGACUUCCACCGCGGGCUCCCCUGGCUCUGUUUCGUCCGCCGGGAGCUGCUGCCGCUGCAGGAGCAACGGCAAAGGAGACGCGGGCGCCGCGUUCGCCGUCGCCUCUUUGCAAGCCCUGCCCUAGCCCCGCUGGGACGCAGCCUGGCCCUCGGAUAGCCGCCCCGCCGCUCCCCCGCCGAGCUACGGGAGGGCGCCGCCGGGAAGAGACUUCGCCUUUUUGGCCUCCCUGGUCGCGUUACGCGCGGAGAGGGACGCCGAGGCACGGGCGACCGGGUGCGACUGCGAAGCCCCAGCGACGGAUUACUCAAGCCAUGCCAGAUAUUUGAAGCAGACCCACGCGGUUUUAGCCAGGACUUUCAGCGAUGAUUAUUGGUCGCUCUUUCGUUACUGCCGAGCCACUUGACGGGCUGCUGCUGUUUCUCUUUAAGGGAAACAAAAAACCGAGGUGCUAUUGCAGCCCCGGACGGUUGCUCUCCAGCCUCCCGCCCAGCCGUUGACCAGGUCUCGUCCCGUCCCCCCCGCCCCGAUGAUCCGGAUCUGCCUUGUGUGCUGGAGGUUGCGCCUGCCGCCAGGGCCCCGACGCCCUACCUCUCUCGCACUCUGUUCUCCGCGUGGAAGCGCAAAGAAGGGACCAUCCCGCGUGGCAUUGUCUAGUGUGACACCCUUGCGCGCGCGCCUUGGUGCGCGGGUUGGGAGUGGGAGGGCAUGGGCUGUUGCAUAGUAAAGACCUGUCCACGUACGAUGUGAAGGGGAGGGCUGGACACUGUAGACGCUGCUGGACACACACAUAAUCCGGUUUGGAAGACCAUGCCCUUCCCUUCUCCAUCUUUCUCUCCAAGGUCACCCCUUUUCUCCCCCCACCCCGUGUUUUGGUGUCUCGCUGUGUUCCCUAGGCAGGUGCCGUGGUACUGUAACCCUAUCCCCGCUUGUUUUGACUGGGCUGUGGGCAAACCCUGGGUGUUUUGUAACGGCUGGGAGUCUCCCGAGGACGAACGCGUUGGUCCAAGCUUCCCUCUCCCCCACCUCCGUUUCUUUCCAAAAGCUCCUCCUCUCCCCUCAAGCCGGAUUUCUCAGAAGGGGGGUCAUAUUACAGCAAGCUUUCUAGGAAAACUGCCCCGGCAACUCUAACUCUUCCUGCGGGGUGGGGG